GAAACCCUAAAGAAGAGUGAGAGAUCUAUCCACCUCGCUUUCCUUGAAUGUUCUUCCCGGUGGAUUCCCACAGCCACAGGGGUUGACCACACCAUCCGCCUCCAUGAACAGCCAUCGGGGUUAAGCACGUUUCCUGGAGACCGCACAGGAGCUCCAACUGCAACAAGACUUUUGACUGCAUUAUGUCUACAUAACACCUCCCUUCCUCUCAGGAUCGUCAUAUAGAGCUUAUCCUCUGCUUGUCUCCCUUGGAACUGCCGGAGUUAUGGAAUGGAGCUGCAUCGAAGACGCCAUGAGCGACGGUGAAAAGCGCCCUGAGGUGCCGUCACCUGUGGCCGAUCCCAUCAGGCGGAUGGGGAGCGGCGUCAGCGUCGUCUUCGACCCAACCCCGGAGGUCGGGAUCGAGGCCGAGGCCGAGUCCGGUCGGAGGCUGCCCUCCUCCAGGUACAAGGGCGUCGUCCCCCAGCCCAACGGCCGAUGGGGCGCCCAGAUCUACGAGAGGCACCAGCGCGUGUGGCUCGGGACGUUCGGGGAUGAAGCCGAGGCCGCGCGCGUCUACGACGUCGCCGCACAGCGAUUCCGUGGCCGCGACGCCGUCACCAACUUCAAGCCCCUGUCCGAGUCCGACGACGAAGACUCCAUGGUGCUAUUCUUCCUCGCAGCGCACUCCAAAGCCGAGAUCGUCGACAUGCUGCGUAAGCACACAUACCACGACGAGCUCCAGCAGAGCAAGCGCUUCCACGCCGCAGGCCACGGCAUGGGCUUCGGCAGGAGGAGGAUGCCGAGCUAUUACGGAUCCGUUCGCGAGCUGCUCUUCGACAAGGUGGUCACGCCGAGCGACGUCGGGAAGCUUAAUCGGCUGGUGAUCCCGAAGCAGCACGCCGAGAAACACUUCCCGUUGAAGGCCGGCACGGCCGCGGCAUGCGAGGGCGUGCUGCUGAACUUUGAGGACGCCACCGGGAAGAUGUGGAGGUUUCGGUACUCAUACUGGAACAGCAGCCAGAGCUACGUGAUAACCAAAGGGUGGAUCCGGUUCGUGAAGGAGAAGAGCCUCAAGGCCGGCGAUACCGUUAGCUUCUGGCGAUCGAUGGGGCCAGAGAAACAUUUGUUCAUCGACAGGAAGCCGAGGCCUGAGAACACCAGUUGCACUACAAAGCCAGUGAGGCCUGCUCAUGCUUUCAGGCUGUUUGGUGUCACCAUAUCAGAGUUGCCGGCGAGUGGUGGCAUUGGGAAGACGGCAGCAGAGAAGGAAUAAUUUCCACAGUCAUUCUUCUUCAAGAAACAACGUAUAAGCGAUUUGUAGUCCUUAAUUAGCUCCUACAUACUCCUUUUUCCUGUCUCUUGUAAUCUCUCCUUCCUUCCUUCCUCCCACGUAGUACAGGAAAUUGUACACGUUCCAUAAAUGAGGAGCUAUACAUUCUUGAAUGAAGUUGUCUUUACUCA